CAGGAAGGCUCCGGUCUAGAUAACAAACUGUACUUUUCGUUGUUACUUAAUAACUACUAAGUAUUUGUAUUUACAUAGAUUAAGUACUUGUAGGUAGUUUUGUCGUUUCAAGUCAUUCAUAAUGUGGGCUGAUACUAUUUUAAUAGUUUUCAUAUCAAUUUGCACUGCAUUACUUGGAGAAGGUUUAACAUGGGUUAUGGUAUACAGGACUGAAAAAUAUCAGAAGUUGAAAACUGAAGUUGAAAAGCAGAGUAAAAGAUUAGAAAAAAGAAAAGAAGCUCAUGGAGAUUCCUUAGACCGGCAACACAAAAAGAAAAUUGAACGUGAAGAGGAAAAGUUGAAGAAUAACAAUCGAGACCUGUCUCUUGUUAAGAUGAAAUCAAUGUUUGCUAUUGGUUUUGCAUUUACUGCUCUUCUGAGUAUGUUUAACAGCAUAUUUGAUGGUAGAAUAGUAGCUAGAUUGCCAUUUGUACCUCUCUCAUGGAUUCAAGGAUUAUCUCACAGAAAUUUGCCUGGUGAAGAUUAUACAGAAUGCUCAUUUUUAUUUUUGUAUAUUCUGUGUACCAUGUCUAUCAGACAGAACAUACAAAAAAUGCUUGGAUUUGCACCAUCACGUACUGCAAGUAAGCAGUCUGGUGGACUUUUUGGACCUCCUCCACAACAGUUGCGAUGAGUCCCUUCUACUUCAUGUUGAUGCUCCAAUCAACAAAGCUAAAUUUAU